AUGGGGUCAUAUGUAAGAGCUCACCCUAAUGUGCGUGUGUUUGUGACGCAAGGAGGACUACAGAGCAUGAAUGAAGCAGCAUACUUUGGUGUGCCCACAGUAGGUAUCCCUUUCCUUGGUGACCAGCCCCUCAAUGUUGCUAAGAUGGCUGCUUCAGGCAUAGGCAUACGUCUUGAUGUCAAAUAUCUCACAAAGGAAUCACUGAUACAUGCAGUCAAGACUGUUUUGGAAGAGUCUAGCUACAAGGAAAACAUGCAGCAGUUGUCUGUCAUCUAUCGUGAGCACCAAGCGCCAUCACUGGAUCGAGCAAUAUGGUGGUUGGAGUACGUGCUCCGCCACAACGGGACACGUCACAUGCGCAGCCCAUCACUUGACUUCAACUUCUGGCAGCUGUGGCUUAUUGAUGUGCUGUGUGUAAUUGCUGCUAUUGCAUCAGUCAUCUUUUUCUUUUUAUAUGCUAGGUUACGUAAGCUGGCAGCAAUGAUUACAUCGAUAAAGAAAUUAAAAAGUCAUUAA